CUAGGGUCCAUUGGGUUCAUUCGUUUCAUAGAUUGACAUUAAUGCCAGCCUAGCACAAAGUUGGUUCGUGUAGUUCGUGUGGUCGCCUUGGUUGGUGAUUGGAUUCCUCAAGUGCCAUCCAAGCCAUCCAAGCCACUCCGGGAGGAACCGGACCAGCCUCUACUCGCACCCAGGCAGGCAGGAUCAAUCCCUUCCGUCCGCAUCCCGCAUCCCGCAACCCGCAUUCCGCAACCCGCAUCCCGCAUCCGGAUCGGCUUUCUAGCACCUCAGGAUGAUGAGGAGCCAUCCGUCGGGUGUCCGAUGGACCCUGGCUGUCCUAGGUCUGGUGUGGUUGUUAGCCGUGGUGCCGUUAGCCAUCGGCCAGACCAAGAAGAAGGAAUCCGGCAAGAGCCUGGACGAGAAGGUCUCCCAGUUGAUGGACUUGUCGGCCAAGCGUUCCGUGAUCCGCCUCAACGGCAACAAGUUCCGGGACUUGGUACGCAACGCGCCGCGCAACUACUCCAUGGUGGUCAUGUUCACGGCCUUGUCGGCGCAACGGCAGUGCGCCAUCUGCAAGCAGGCCCACGACGAGUUUCAACUGGUGGCCAACUCCUACCGCUACUCGCAGUUCUACUCCAACAAGCUCUUCUUCGCCAUGGUCGACUUUGACGAGGGGCCCGACGUGUUCACGAUCAUGAAGCUGAAUUCCGCCCCCGUGUUCAUGCAUUUCCCGGCCAAAGGUAAGCCCAAGAAGACCGACACCAUGGACAUUCAACGCGUGGGGUUCUUAUCCGAGUCCGUGGCCAAGUGGAUCAAUGAGCGCACCGACAUCAACAUUCGCGUGUUCCGCCCGCCCAACUACACGGGCACGGUGGCCUUGCUCAUGUUGUUCGCCUUGGUGGCCGGACUCUUGUACUUUCGUCGUAACAAUCUCGAGUUCCUCUACAACAAGACCGCUUGGGGCUUGAUCGCGUUGGUGUUCGUGUUCGCCAUGUGCAGUGGACAGAUGUGGAACCACAUUCGCGGACCUCCGUUAAUUCACAAGACGCCCAACGGCAACGUGGCCUACAUCCACGGCUCUUCUCAGGGCCAAUUCGUGGUCGAGACGUAUUUCGUGAUGGUUCUCUACGCCGCUAUCGUGACCGGGAUGAUCUUGCUCACGGAUGCGGCUGAUGGCAAGGGGGAUGUGGGCAAGAGGAAGAUUUUGGCCAUGGUGGGUUUGGCCCUCUUGGCCUUUUUCUUCUCGCUGAUCUUGUCCAUUUUCCGGUCGAAAGCCGGCGGCUAUCCUUAUAGCUUCCUGCUCAAGUAACGAGAGAUGCACUGGACCUUGAUACUAAAUGUGUGCGCGUGGUUCUUGGGGUCCAGGUAUCGCGUGGUUUGCCUCCAGCAUUUACCGGCUAACAUCAAAAUUGUGCGAUCGUUGUGUGGCCGGUCACAAAGAUUGUUAAUUUUUAGUUUGUUCCUUGGCUCUACCCUCAAAGGGUCAUACCUCGACCACAAUCAAUCAAUCAAUCAAUAGGCGCGUGUUGUUAUGAGUUGCCCUUCUCCUUCGCCCAUGGCGCGAUUUUCUCCAGUGCCCAUUUGAUCUACUUUUGUUACUUCUUUGUGUGACUAUUAUUUUCAAACACACAAAUAAACACACCGUUGGGAACAUU